AUGCGCUUGCCAUUGACCGAUCCUCUACUACUCGUUGAUCCCCGAUUCAACCAACUCUCACCCUCUUAUUCCACUCACGAGCUUGCCCUGCGCACCCGACCGACCCACAUAAUCAACGACAACCUCGAGCCCCUCUACUUGCACCAGAGUCGAACCGUCAACAUUCCCUCUCCUCGCCGCAAUCCCGAGUCCUCCCUCCACCACCGAUCGCACUCGUCUCGGUCUAAAGCUGAGCUGCAAGAUAAACCAGACACAUUGCCGUCCUCAGCAGAGAAGGAGAAAGACGAAAGCUACCGGCGACUGUCGCACUCCUCUGCCACAGGAUCUGACGACUUCUCCCUCUUCAGUGACACUGGAGAUCUUGCAGAACAACUCACCAACGACGAGGACCCUUACCGCAUUGAGCUUGACCCAUUGACCAGAGAAGGUCAAAGGCGUAAAGUCUCCGGUCACGGUGGAGGGCGGAAGAAGAGAGUCGGUUUCAAAGAGCAACACCACUUGGAGAAGGGAUCUGGCCCAUUUCACAUAGAUAAAGAGUCUAUCUUCAUCCCUGAUCCUCCACCGCAUUACAUCCCAAAAGCCGAGCGACUCCUGGCUCUCAUCAUGGCGCCUAACGAUCCAGAGUCCGCCCGGUCCAAGGGUCUUGUUGGGAAGCCUUUAUUAUACUUUACGAGUGUGUUCGUAUCUUUGGGAGUGUUCCUGUUCGGCUAUGACCAAGGUGUUAUGUCUGGCAUCAUUACUGGCCCGUUCUUCAGAGACUAUUUCCACCAGCCUAGCCCGGCCGAGAUCGGUACUAUGGUCGCCAUCCUCGAAAUCGGUGCCCUUAUCGCAUCGUUGUGCGUUGGCCGAAUAGGCGAUAUAAUCGGACGCCGCCGAACCAUCCUUUACGGCUCCAUGGUCUUCUUUGUCGGCGGCAUGUUACAGACCUUCGCAAAUGGAAUGCCAAUGAUGAUGAUUGGGAGAUUCAUCGCCGGCUUAGGAGUUGGUGCCCUCUCGACCAUUGUACCAGUCUAUCAAUCCGAAAUCAGUCCACCUCACAAUAGAGGCAAGCUGGCAUGUAUAGAAUUCACGGGAAAUAUCGUAGGUUACGCAGCAAGUGUCUGGGUAGACUACUUUUGUAGUUAUAUCGAGAGCGACUAUUCUUGGCGAACGCCACUCCUGAUGCAAUGCGGUAUGGGAGCGCUCCUGGGAUUUGGCAGUCUGAUCAUUUGCGAAUCCCCCAGAUGGUUGCUAGACAACGACCAUGAUGAAGAGGGCAUUAUUGUUAUCGCCAAGUUCUAUGGCAAGGGCGACAUCCACAGCCCAAAGGCCCGCCAAGAGUAUCGAGAGAUCAAGAUGAACGUUCUCAUAGAGCGACAAGAAGGGGAGCGUUCCUAUGCAGACAUGUUCAAACGGUACAGGAAGCGUGUCUUCAUUGCCAUGUCGGCCCAGGCGUUCGCACAGCUCAACGGAAUCAACGUCAUCUCCUACUACGCACCUUUGGUCUUUGAGUCAGCUGGUUGGGUUGGACGAGAUGCCAUUCUCAUGACUGGAAUCAAUGCUAUCUCAUACCUGGCGUCGACCAUUCCACCUUGGUAUCUCGUGGACAAGUGGGGAAGGCGACCAAUUCUCCUCUCUGGAGCUGUUGCCAUGAUCAUAUCGUUGUCCUUGAUCUCCUACUUCAUCUUCAUUGAUGUGAGUUGGACGCCAGCGCUGGUGGUUGUCUUCGUCAUGAUCUACAACGCUUCAUUUGGCGCCAGUUGGGGCCCAAUUCCAUGGCUCUACCCUCCAGAGAUCCUGCCUCUGAGCAUCCGAGCAAAGGGCGCCAGUCUGAGCACGGCCAGCAACUGGGCAUUCAACUUCGUGGUUGGAGAACUUACCCCUGUUCUUCAGGGCGCGAUCAAGUGGCGGCUGUAUCUUGUGCACGCCUUCUUCUGUGCUGUCAGUUUCGUUCUCGUAUACUUCGUAUAUCCUGAGACGGCCAAUGUUCGUCUCGAGGACAUGAAUGCACUAUUUGGAGAUGCUACAACCGCGAUGCCAACACCAGCAACUCAAGCAGAACGCGGUUCACUCAUGGGAGUUGGAUCACCAUCAUCACUCGAUAUCAGAGGAGGGACACAGCAGCCAGGCAUGUUUUCGGCCGACAAUGCAAUCCCUGGUCUUGACAUCGACCCUCCCCAUAUCGACCUCGACUCCAAUGGCCAGCCUCGAAGGGGAAGAAGUGAGUCCAAUGCCGAAGGUCUCGGGGGCUGGAUUGGCCGCAUGGUUUCCAGAUCGCGGCAAGAAAGUAACGCCUCGCGAGGUCAAUACGGCAAGAUUGGACAGGAUGAAGAAAAUUAGAGUACAGGAUCCCCCGUACUAUUUACUACUGCCACGGCACACUCACUGACACAAUAUAGACAUAGAGAGAGAGAGAGCCUGCACUCGUCUGGACUUGCUUUCAGGCAGCUGCUUGAGUGCAUCAGGGACAAGAGAGGUUUAAUGCCCUUGAGAUGGACUAUAUAUCUAGGGAAAAGGUGAAGUUAUGGAAUUUAUGUUUGAUCGUUAUCAUGUUUUACCAAUCUCAAGGUCGUAGGGAAUGACCUGCAGACUGCGCAGUUGGUUACGAGUAGAUGAGCCUUAAACCGGGAUCAUGACUAAGACUGGAGGGAAUAUACCGCGAAUCCACACAUCUGGAUCUGCCGCUCUGGGUUCUCUGGGUUGAACCCUCUUCCAAACUUAGACACCAAUUGAUCC